AUGACUGCUCCUGAAGCUUACUACCCAAACGAACCCACUAAACCAGUGGUCAAGACUUCCAAAGUUCCAGGCCCUGAAUCUCAGAAGCAACUGGCUGAUCUAGACACUGUUUUCGACGCUAGACCAGCUUAUUUUGUUGCUGAUUAUGAAAAGUCUAAUGGUAAUUACAUCGUUGAUGUCGAUGGAAAUGCAUUCCUUGACUUGUAUGCACAGAUUGCAUCCAUUGCUUUGGGUUACAACAACCCAGCUUUGAUCAAGGCUGCUAAGAGUCCAGAGAUGGUUAGAGCUUUGGUAGACCGUCCAGCUCCUGGUAACUUCCCAUCGGCUGAUAUGCCUGAUAUUUUGAGAAAGAUCCUGCAAGUGGCUCCAAAAGGUCAGGACCACGUUUGGUCUGGUCUUUCUGGUGCCGAUGCUAAUGAAUUGGCUUUUAAAGCGGCUUUUAUGUACUACCGUGCUAAGCAGAGAGGUUAUGACACGGAGUUCUCGACUGAGGAGAACAAAACCGUGAUGGAAAAUGCUGCACCAGGUGCACCUCACUUGGCUGUGUUGUCAUUCAAGAGAGCAUUCCACGGCAGGCUGUUCGCUUCUGGUUCCACUACUGUCUCUAAACCAAUUCACAAGCUAGAUUUCCCAGCAUUUGACUGGCCUCAUGCAGAAUACCCAAGUUACCAAUAUCCUUUGGAGAAAUACGAGGAUGAAAACCACAAGGAGGACGAACGUUGUUUGAAAAUUGUCGAAGAGUUGAUCAAGACAUGGAAAUACCCAGUUGCUGCACUUAUCAUCGAACCAAUCCAGUCCGAAGGUGGUGACAACCAUGCGUCCAAGUACUUUUUGCAAAAAUUGAGAGACAUUACUUUGAAAUACAACGUCGUUUACAUCGUCGAUGAAGUGCAAACUGGUGUUGGUGCUACUGGUAAGCUCUGGUGCCAUGAAUACGCUGAUAUCCAACCACCGGUGGAUUUAGUGACCUUCUCCAAGAAAUUCCAAAGUGCAGGCUAUUUCUUCCACGAUCCUAAAUUCAUUCCAAAUAAGCCUUACAGACAGUUCAACACCUGGUGUGGUGAACCAGCAAGAAUGAUCAUCGCCGGUGCGAUCGGCCAAGAGAUCAUCGACAGAGACCUUACUUCACAAGUGGUUCGUGUAGGUGACUAUCUUUUCAAGAAAUUGGAAGCUCUACAGGAGAAAUACCCAACCAAGUUCCAUAACUUGAGAGGUAAGAACAGAGGUACUUUUAUCGCCUGGGAUUUACCAACACCUGAAGAAAGAGAUACCUUGCUGAAAAAGUUGAAAUUAAACGGUUGUAACGUCGGUGGCUGCUCCACCAACUCAGUACGGCUAAGACCUACUUUGACAUUCGAGGAGAAGCAUGCUGACAUUUUUGUCGAGGCACUAGCCAAGUCUGUCACUGAACUGUAG